CAUCAACCAUCAGUGUAUGAUGCGCUUCGACAUGUCCGAAAGCUCCAGUUCCUCCACGUCUUCCGCGUCCUUGACCCAGUACACGCCGUCCACUACCCCGUCGUGGUUUGACGCGUCCAUGCUACACGACUUCAAUAUCUCGCUUUCCCACGUCACGGGACCGUCCCGGUCGCCUGAGUUCAUCCUCAAUGCGUCGCUGGUUGCGUUUGGCCAAGGCAGUCGGUACUACGUGUCCAAGUCGUACUCGUCACUUCGUCGAUUCCGACGAGCUAUUCUUCGCGCGAUUGCCACUACCGCCCGCAGAGAUGGAAGUUGCACUUGUCAAGGGUCAGCGUGUGCAUUUGCGGGUGUCGGCGACGCCUACCUUCGCCCCCACGCCCUCAGAUGCCUGGAUGUUCUCGGAUUUGGUGUGUAUGGAUCAUCCGAACGACGACAGGACGAAGUCACAGCUUUCGUGGCCGCAGUCGUGGCAACCAUGCAAGGAGUCGACAAGGCGCGGUGGUCGGACCAGUGCCUGUUCCUGCAACUCAUCGCGUACUUCUUCGAUACAGCAGCCCAGGCGUCUUGCAAAUCCUUGAAAAUGGCUCGAAGCCAGCGUAUGAACCUGUCGCUCCACGGGUGGCACCUCAACCGCACCCAAACCUAUGGCGCCGGGAUCACGUACGACUAGGAUCGAUCUUUCCAAGUAGUAAUGCCAGAAUUAUUUAUCUUAUUGCACCA